AUGAGUAGUGUAGUUAAUAAAAGUGGUACGCGUUUUGCGCCAAAAGUUAGACAACGUAGAGUGAUCAAGCAAUUGUCAGUUCCACUCUCAGCUCAGAAAACAUUAGAGCCAGAAAUUAAGCUUUCUGAUAAAGGUGUAUUUGAUGAUGAUGAUCCUAAAUCAAAGGUUAUAAAGAACAUUUCCGAUGGUAACAAAGAUCAUAAUGUAGAUGUCGAGAAAAUAUCUUUUGAACAAAAGUUAGCUACUGAUAACCAAAAAGAUUUGACUCCUUCAGAGACUUCAUCUAGUACAGAAUCUAGACUUUCAACUUCAUCUACUAGUAGUUUAGAUACUAAACGUCGCCGGUCUAGUAGAUUGAAUUCAUUGAGUAAUAGUAAUUCACAAUUACUUUUCAAACCGAUUGCUAUGCAAAGUUCUAAACAACAAUUAAAUACGACAGCUGGAGAAACUGUACAUAGACGUUUGUCUACUAUAUCCAAUCCGAGCACAAAGAAAUCUCGAAUGAGUAGUAUCCCAGAAUCUGAUGAUAAUUUGAUAACUUUAAAAAAAAGCAGAAUGUCCACAAGAAUAUCGAUUUCGAAAAAAUCAGGGUCUGUGCAUAGGAUCAGUAUUGUCCCAGUUGAAAAUAAUAAUGAUUCAACUAGUUCUGAAAGUAGUACUAGUAAUAGUGAUAAGAAAAAUGUAAAUUCUAAGUCAAACAUGAAGUCCACUAAGACCAGAAGUAAAACUAGAAAUAAAGCCACAAAAAUAUCGUUUCCAAUAUCUAGAGCAGACUUGAAUAAAGUUAUGUCUGAUGAUUUGUUUCCUGAGACUGAAGACAAAUAUAAAAGUUUUAAGAUUAAAAAUUUAGGACAAAUCCCGAAGAAUAUUGACGAUGGCGAUUCAGAGAAGUAUACUAUAGAUGAGGAUCAGUUUACAAUGGCAGAGCUAUGUAAGCAUUUGCUACCUAUUGGCAAGCCUUCUGAAAACUUUAAAAAAGCCAAAGAAGCAGAUGAUAUAAAAGUCAAAAAGAGAAUCGAGAAAAGGGAAAUUAGAAAGAGAGCUCGUGAGGAAUUUAAGUCUGUUUAUUCGUUAACAAAAGAAACUAUUGAACAAGCGAAGGAAGAACGUAAAAAGCUUAGAGAUGAUUUACUAAAUUCAGAUAUCCCAGACCUACAACCAUCUACCAUUCAACUAAAGUUGAAUAAGGAAGGUACUAUUGCAGUUGAUGAUGAAUCCAUCCAAAUUGAUAGACAUAAAAACGCAAGUUAUGAGAACUCGCAGAAGGAAAAAGUCGAUGAAAAUCCGUUUGAAAAUCUGUGUAAUUCAGCCACUUAUGGGAGAAAUUCUUACACUGACCCAUGGACUAGUACUGAAUUAAUCAAAUUUUACAAAGCAUUAACCAUGUGGGGAACUGAUUUUAAUGUUAUUGCUCAAUUAUUUCCCUACAGAACUAGGAAGCAAAUAAAAGCUAAAUUCAUCAAUGAAGAGAAAAAGCACCCUAUAAUGAUUGAAUUGGCUCUACGAUCUCGAUUACCGCCUGAUUUUGACACAUAUUGUGACGAAAUAAGGAAGAAAUUGGGUAGUAUUGAUGAGUUUAAUGAUAAAUUAGAAAAGUUACAAGUUGAACAUGAAGAACAUCUUAAGGAAAUUGAGGAUGCCAAAGAACUAGCUAAAAAUGAAGAUUUGAAAAUUAGUAAAAGUAAAGAUAUUAAUAAGAAGACGUCAGGUGGAUUCAUGACAGAAGAUUUAAAAUCGUAUAGAAAAUCUGAAAUUGUAUUAGGUACAAUUGAUGACAGGAAAAACAACCAGAGGAGGAAGUUGCAGGAAUCAGUUAACUUCAAAAAAAUUGAUCAUCCUAACAGUAUCGUUCAAGGUCGAUAG